GUUAGUAUGUGAGAAUGAACGUUCAGUUGAGAAAAGUAGUCGGAAAGUUUUGGAAGAUUGCUUCUUACGAGAAAAUGAAUACUAGUUCUUGGUCGUCUUUUGCUUGAGGAGGACUUGCCCCGAACGCACUUGCUGCUGCUACAGACCCCACCUUCUCACCCACAGCCGACGGCGCCUCUACACCACCUGCCAAGAUGGAGACGAAGGGAAAGUGGCUGUGGAAGAUGACUUCGACGGAGGAGUAUUACGAGCCGUUCACCGUCAGUUACCAGCUCACCCUCGUCACGCGCGAACCUCUGCUUCAGGAGCAGUUGGUUCGCGCUCUCCUUCACCUCCACAGAAAGGUACCUCUCCUGCGGGCGUGUUACGGGGAGCGAGACGGAGAGACGUGGCUCAGGGAGAUGCAGAAGGAGAUCAUAGACUUCGAGAUGGUCCCAGAUGCCAAGUCGAAUGAGCUCCAUCACAAACUCCACCAAUACGAGUUCAACAGAGAGACAGGUCCCUUGUGGUGCAUCAAGCUUCGCCCUGAACCUCACUCUUCACCAGAUGGAGUCUUCAGGGAGGGCGUGUCAGGAUAUCCUCACAUGUAUACACUGUUUUUGGGUAUCAAUCAUGCCAACACUGAUGGCACUUCCAACGCCAUGAUUUGCGGAUUUCUCGUUCAGCUUCUCGAUGACGUGCUAGCAGGGAAACACAUCAAUGACGAGGAACAGCUUGGGGAGUUCAUACCGGAUGAGAAGACGAAAACCUUGAUAAAAAUACAAGAAGCCGAUUUAAAAGCUGAUCCUGAACUGAAGAUCAAAUUGUUGAACGAAUACCAGGCCCUUAAGCAAAGGCGCUCGUACAUUAAUUCGGUUUUCAAGGGAGUCGGAGAGAAGGAAGGAAGGUCAGUCAUCUUGACACAGAACUUGGACGCAGAAACUACCACUGCCUUUAUCAAGCGUUGCCGUGCAGAGGGCGUCACCGUCAACUCUGGUUACACAGCGAUCGCCAGCCUUGCGAUGGUGGAUCUCCUGGUGGAUGAGGGCUUUGAGAAGGACUCGUACAACAUCCGCAGCGCCCACGUCCUCAACGCCCGUCGCUACUGGGAGGACACAUCGAAGUACCUUGGCUGUCACCUCCUGCCGUUCAUGAUAGCGGCGGUGGAGACGCCUCGGGACGCAGGGGAAGGCAUCUGGAACUACGCGAAGUCCGUGCACAAGGAACUCCAGCGAAAAAUCAGAAGCAAAACGCCUCUACAGGAAGAGGUAGUGAAACAGCUCGUGCCCAAGAACCCAGACUUCGAUCCCUGGUUCGAGUUCGAGUUCUGCGUCACCAACAUGGGCGACGUGACCAAGAUGGUGACGGAGGGCGGCGACCACGUGCAGGUCGUCCACAUCCUCAGAACAGCGGCUGUCCACGGCGUCCCUUCUCCGUCCAUACACUUCAUGCACACUUUCCGUGGUUGCCUCACGAACGCGCUGGUCUACAACACGUCGUUUCUCACCUCACAAAUGGCGGAAAAGUUUUCUGAAAGGAUUCUGUAUCAUCUUCAUGCAUCACUAUAGAUAAAAGUAAUAUGCAACUUUUAUAUGUAAUUCUAUGUUGACAGUAAAAUAUAUACGUAGAAUUUUCAGACGGGUAAAGUUAAUGAAAUGAUACAUUUAUUAAUGUGUGUUUAUCUGUAUAUAUAUGUAUCUUUCUAUAUAUCUGUGUCUAUCAUACUUAUCGCUCGUCAAUAUCACACGUUCUUGUGAUAUUGAAGUGAACCGUGAGAAACUGAAGCAUCUCUGUGGGGAAAACCACGUUACCCCUGGUUGAACAAGACACAUUUAAUGAAUAAUGGAUUGUAAUUAUUUUUCCAUUUUAACGUAUAUUUAUUAUUGUAUUGCUUUUUAUCUUUUUUUUUCUAGUUUUCUCUUACUCGAGAGCACACCCGUCCCUAUUCGUUUUAUAGUUUAAAGGUUUCUUAAUUCACUUUAUCCCUAAAACUAGGUAGGAAUAAGUCGUUUUAAUAAAAUCAAGGGAGCUUAAAAGGGGGAAGAUACCACCAUCUAUCAACAUAACUAUAGUACUGAUCUUUUUUAGUACUCAUCUUUACAUGCUUGCUUCCUGAAGGUGUUUAUAUUAAUCCCGAGAGGCUAGGUUAACACAAAGUGCAUCUCUCAGCCGCGUUGAUCCGGCAUUGAAGAUGAGAAAGGGUUCUUAUUUUAACUCUUUGAUUUUUGAGUAUUUUGGUCGUAAGGAUAAGUGCUCUUAAGCAGGGAACUUUUUUCAACACGAUCCAGUUUGAUUUUGUACACUUUUGUACAUUCUGUGUUGCCUUUCUCACAACCCUCUAUCUGUUCACACACACACACACACACACACACACACACACACACACACACACACACACACACACACACACACACACACACACACACAUAUAUAUAAUCCUUAUGUGGCAACCCACUGAACAUGAGAUUGCGACCGCGUACUUCGAAGCACCCUGGUCUAGAGCGCUAAAGUGUGCUCUUUUUUGCGGAUUUUGAUAAGUAAUGUUAGUUUCUUCUCGAUUUAAUAUCUUAAAUUCGUGUUUUGGAGACGAUUUUCUGAAUUUCUAUUUCUUUCCUUAUUUUUCGAGUUUUUACAAAAAGUGAUUUAAAGUCAAGUCUUUUUCAAAGCAAACUUUUAAUUUUGUCGAUUUUUAAAAAAAUGUAUUUCUUCUUAUACUUUAGGAAGUUUUUAAUAGUUGUAAACCAAAUUAAAUAUUUCAUGUUUAAGAUUACCCAAUAUGCACUCCCUCAGUUUAAAAGAGAAACUGAUCAAGAUAAGAUCAAGAUAUGAUAUGCCCUGCUUCAAACAAUAAAUUUAAUUCAAAU